AUGAGCUGUACAUGUCGAGUCACGCCCCUAAAGAUAUUCGUACAAGGCCUAUCUCAAGUUCAUAAAGUCGACGCAUCGCCUUCCCUUCUCCGUCUGCCGAUCCGCACUCGACCGGCGUUGUACCAGAAUAAUUUUGUCUUGGCGCGACAGGCCCGAUCUUUACAUUUUUCAAAAGCUUUACAAGAUGCUUCCGGAGAAGCCGCUAGAGAUGAUGACCCUCUUUCUCAAAUUCGGCCAGACGAUGAAAACCGAGCGGUGAAAAACGACGACCCUUUCGCCACAGACGAAAAUCCGGAGUCUAUACCAUGGAAAGCACAACCAGGCACGAAUAACGAGGCCCAAAAGCCUCGGAGGAGGAGAAGAGAAACGCCAGAAGAUUUUACGACCCUGAACUAUCGCCGAAACAAGAGCGUGAGACAGCAACUAGAAGACGAUGAGGAGGCAAACGACCACAAUAGCAGUCGCAACCGACGAAUGAAGGGUCCUUCUUCGUUACAACCACAACCCAAAGAGAAUUACUGGAAAAUCCAAAAAGCGGCUCUGAAGGAGAAAUUCCCAGAAGGCUGGCGUCCUCGAAAGCGUCUUUCUCCUGAUGCUCUGGCCGGUAUCCGGGCUCUCAACGCCCAGUUUCCCGAUGUCUACACCACCGAAACCCUAUCGAACAAGUUCGAAGUAUCACCCGAGGCUAUCCGUCGUAUUCUGAGGAGCAAGUGGCAGGCCAAUCCUGACGAGGAAGAGAAGCGAAACGCGCGAUGGUUCCGUCGUGGAAAGGAAGUCUGGGAGCAGAAGGCUGCGCUGGGUAUCAAGCCGCCGCAGAAGUGGCGCCGUGAGGGCAUCACACGAGAUCCCAGCUACCAUGACUGGAAGAAAGAGGCGGUUGAGCGAAACCGUGAGAGAGAGGAGCGGGAUGACGUGGAGAUUAGGGGUCAGAAUGCCCCUCGUCGACGUGCUUAUGCCCCUCGAUCUGAAGGUUAUACUCCCCGUUCAGCUCCUCCAUCUGAGGGCUAUACGUCUCGUCCUGGUCCUCGAUCUGAAGUUUAUACUCCUCGAGCUCGUAUUCCUCGAACCGGGGACUAUACCCCUCAAUCGGUCCCUCGAACCGGACGAGGAAGAUCUUAA